AAUACGUGUCCCGUCCCUCUAUAAUAUAUACGUUACUACAUACACUUUUCAUAUUAUUCAGUAGCUUCAAUUCUAUUCCCAAAUAUAAUGGCAAACCAAAAGCAGCAGAAGAAUCUGAAGUUCUUGAUCUAUGGCAAAACUGGAAUGAUUGGGGGCAUGUUGGGAAAGUUAUGUGAGGAACAAGGCAUCCCAUUCGAGUAUGGAAAGGCCCGUUUGGAGGACCGGUCUCAGUUGGUGUCCGACAUCACCGGAGUCAACCCGACACACGUCUUCAACGCCGCCGGGGCGACCGGCACGCCCAAUGUGGACUGGUGCGAGUUCAAUAAACUGGAGACAAUCCGGUCCAACGUUAUCGGGGCUUUGAAUUUGGCCGACGUUUGUGAGGAGAAGGGUGUCUUGCUGCUCUACUUUGGAACUGGUUGCAUAUUUGAUUAUGAUUCGGAGCAUUCGAUGGGUUCGGGUGUCGCGUUCACGGAGCAUGAUAAAUCCAACUAUGAUGGCUCCUUCUACUCUAAAACCAAGGGCAUGCUGGAGGAUCCUUUGGGAGAAUACAACAAUAUAUGCAUCCUCAGGGUUCGAAUGCCACUACUGUCCGAUCUCAACCAUCCUCGUAACUUCAUAAAGAAGAUCCUAGGAUACGAGAAGGUGGUGAACAUCCCAAACAGCAUGACAGUGUUGGACGAGCUGCUGCCAAUGGCAAUUGAAAUGGCUAAAAGGAACUGCAAAGGGAUAUGGAAUUUCACCAACCCAGGUGUCAUAACUCACAAUGAAGUUCUGGAAUUGUACAAAAAAUACGUCGAUCCUGGAUUAACUUGGACCAACUUUACCUUGGAAGAACAGAGAAAAGUUCUUGCUGCUCCUCGUUGUAACAACCAGCUUGAUUCCUCUAAGUUGAAGCGUGAGUUUCCUGAGCUGUUAGGAGUCAAGGAAUCGGUGAUCAAGUAUGUUUUUGAGCCUAACAGCAAAAAGUUUGAUCCUUGAACAAAAGACCACCGACCAAUCUCCCAGUUCUAAAGUUAAUGUUGUAGCAUUAUAUAUAUAUAUAUGUCAAAUAAUUGCGUCGUGUGUUAAUGUUUGGCAGUAUGUGUUGUGUCAGUACUUGUGUUAUUAAGUACUCAAAUGGUUCCAAUAA